CACACACACACACACACACACACACAUAUACACACACACACACACACAUAUACACACACACCAGCGGUGCUCCGUCUGCUCUACCGGACAACAGGGAUUUGUCCCUGUCGGUCGCUGAAAAAGCACCUGACCAGUCACCUGGACUCGUAACUGUGUCGGAAACAGAGCCACAUUGUAGGGACGCGCGGCGCCGAGCUCUCCAACAUGUUUAAUCUGAUGAAAAAGGAUAAGGAGAGGGAAGGGAGCAGGAAGGAGAAGAAGGAUAAAAAGGAGAGGAUGUCUGCGGCCGAGCUCCGCAGCCUGGAGGAGAUGAGCAUGAGGCGAGGCUUCUUCAACCUGAAGAGGGAGGCCAAGCGCGAGUCCAAGAACAAACUGGAGAUCUCCAACCCCAUUCCCAUUAAAGUGGCCAGCAGCAACGAGCUCACCCUGACCGACAUCGAAUCGGACGGCCUGAGCAACAGAAGCAGCGUGGUCCUGGACGAGCAGCUGAGCGCCGCCAGCUCCACCGACGACCUGAAGGCCGAGUCGGGCGGAGCUCAGGACCCCCACCGCGGCUCGGUGCGGGACAGGGUGGCCCACUUCGGGUCCCUGGCCAAGCAGAACUCCUCACAGGUGGGCCAGAUGAUGAAGCGCUUCUCCUUUUCCCAGAGGAGCAAAGAGGAGAGCCCCUCCGAGGGCUCCACCCCUUCGGGCCAGAACUCGGCCGCUCCGUCUCCGCAGGUGGAGAGCAAAGUGUUCAGCAUGCUCCGUAAACACAGCCUAAAGCAGCAGCAGCAGCAGGCCGGAGCCGCCGAGCCCGCCGCCAAAACAGUCUGCAUCCCCGAGGUGGUGGACAAGACCUUCCCCGCGCAGCUGCAGCUCCCCCCCGUCGUGGCGCCCAGCGCUCCAGAAACACGUGUGCUGGAGCUGCAGCGGCGCAACACCGGCGACUUUGGCUUUUCUCUGCGUCGGACCACCAUGCUGGACCGCAGCCCCGACGGAGGGGUGUACCGACGCGUGGUCCACUUCGCCGAGCCCGGCGCCGGCACCAAAGACCUGGUGCUGGGGCUGGUGCCGGGAGACAGGCUGGUGGAGAUAAACGGGCGCAACGUGGAGAACAAGAGCCGCGACGAGAUCGUGGAGAUGAUCCGGCAGUCGGGCGACACCGUGUGCCUGAAGGUGCAGCCCAUUCUGGAGCUGAGCGAGCUGAGCCGCUGUUGGCUGAGGAACAGUGAGGGUCUGCGCCGGGAGCCACGACAUGUGAAGACUGAGGAGCAGAUCGCUGCUGAACAGGCCUGGUAUGGAUCAGAGAAGGUCUGGCUGGUCCACAAAGACGGCUUCUCUCUGGCCACCGUGGUGAAGACAGAGCCAGGCUCCCUACCAGAGGGCAAAGUCAAGAUCAAACUGGAGCAUGAUGGGACGGUACUGGACGUGGAUGAAGAUGACAUUGAGAAGGCCAACCCUCCGUCGUUCGGUCGAUCAGAGGACCUGGCGUCGCUGCUUUAUCUGAACGAAUCCAGCGUCAUGAACUGUCUGAGGCAGCGCUACGGAGGAAACCUCAUCCACACGUACGCCGGACCCAACAUGGUGGUCAUCAACCCGCUCAGCACGCCCUCCAUGUACUCGGAGAAGGUCAUGCACAUGUUCAAAGGCUGUCGGCGGGAGGACUCGGCCCCUCACAUCUACGCCGUGGCCCAGUCGGCCUAUCGGAACCUGCUGACCACCAGACAGGACCAGUCCAUCGUACUGUUGGGAAAGUCCGGCAGUGGGAAAACCACCAACUGCCAACACCUGGUCCAGUACCUGGUGUCCAUCGCUGGAAGCACCGGAAAAAUCUUCUCUGCUGAGAAGUGGCAGGCCGUCUACACCAUUCUGGAGGCAUUUGGAAACAGUUCUACAGCCAUGAACACCAACGCCAGCAGAUUCUCACAUGUAGUGUCACUGGACUUUGACCAGGCAGGACAGGUGGCAUCUGCAUCUAUACAGACCAUGCUGUUGGAGAAGCUGCGGGUGAGCAGACGGCCUGAGGCUGAAUCCACUUUCAACGUCUUCUACUACAUGAUGGCCGGCGCUGACAGCAGCCUGAGAACGGAGCUGCACUUCAACCACCUGGCGGAGAACAGCACCUUUGGGAUCCUCCCACAGACGAAGCCUGAGGACAAACAGCGCUCGUCCCAGCAGUUCACCAAACUGCAGGCGGCCAUGAAGGUGUUGGGUAUAUCCUCUGAGGAGCAGAAGGCCCUGUGGCUCAUCCUGGGGGGCAUCUACCACCUGGGGGCUGCAGGGGCCACCAAAGAUGGAGACGAAGCCGGUCGUCGACAGUUUGCUCGUCAUGAAUGGGCUCAGAAGGCGUCCUACCUGCUGGGCUGUACCUUAGAGGAGCUGUCCUCCUCCAUCUUCAAACACCAGGCCAAAGGACUCCAACACUCCACCUCCUUCAGAGGAGGAUCUGACGACAGCAGCCAAGGAGAAAGCCCAGGGUCAAAGGUCACCGCUCUGGAGUGUUUGGAGGCCAUGGCGUCAGGUCUGUACUCGGAGCUCUUCACUCUGGUCAUCUCCCUCAUUAACAGAGCUCUGAAGUCCAGUCAGCACUCUCUGUGUUCGCUGCUCAUCGUGGACACCCCUGGUUUCCAGAACCCUCGUGUUUCUCAGCAGCAGCGUGGAGCCACGUUCGAGGAGCUGUGCCACAACUACACCCAGGAGAGGCUGCAGACGCUGUUCCACGAACGCACCUUCGUCCAGGAGAUGGAGAGAUACAAGGAGGAGAACAUAGAGCUUGCUUUAGAUGACAUAGAGUCCAGUCCUUCAGUGUCUGUAGCUGCCAUUGACCAGACCUCCACACAAGCUCUGGUUCGGACUCUGUCCAGGACAGAUGAGGCUCGUGGUCUUCUGUGGCUGAUGGAGGAGGAGGCGGUCCAACCCGGCGGUUCUGAACAGACCAUGUUAGAGCGACUCUUCAGCUACUACGGCUCUGCACACGGAGAAAACAAAGGUGUCAAUCUGCUGCUGCGUGGAGACAAGCCCCUCCUCUUCCUGCUGGGUCACAGCCACGGGACGGACUGGGUGGAGUACGACGCCCAGGGCUGGCUGAGCCACGCCAAACACAACCCAGCCGCUCAGAACGCCGCCACGCUGCUGCAGGACUCACACAAGAAGAACAUCAGCGGGCUGUUCAUGGGCCGGGCCAGCGGCGCCACGGUGCUGUCGGGUUCCAUCGCCGGUCUGGAAGGCAGCUCCCAGCUGGCCCUGCGCCGGGCCACCAGCAUGAGGAAGACCUUCACCACAGGGGUGGCCGCCGUCAAGAAGAAGAGCCUGUGCAUCCAGGUCAAACUGCAGGUGGACGCUCUGAUCGACAUGGUGCGGCGCUCCAGGGUUCACUUCGUCCACUGUCUGCUGCCCAAAGCCGAGGCGGUGGGAGGGGCCGCCGAACCACGGGUGACCCACGGAGAGAGCCCCGACUCUGGGCUCAUGACCCUGGACGUAGGCCUGCUGAGAGCCCAGCUCCGAGGAGCCAAGAUACUGGACGCACUGAGGAUCUACAGACAAGGAUACCCCGACCACAUGGUGUUCUCCGAGUUCCGAAGGCGUUUCGACGUCCUGGCGCCACAUCUGACCAAGAAGCACGGACGCCAUUACAUCGUCACCGAUGAGAAGAGGGCUGUGGAGGAGCUGCUGGAGUCGUUGGAGCUGGAGAAGAGCAGCCACUACAUGGGUCUGAGCCGGGUGUUCUUCCGGGCUGGGACUCUGUCCAGACUGGAGGAGCAGCGUGACGUUCAGACCAGGAGGAACAUCUCUCUGUUCCAGGCGGCCUGCAGAGGAUACCUGGCCCGACAGGCCUUCAAGAAGAGGAAGAUCCAGGACCUGGCUAUUCGCUGCAUCCAGAAGAACAUCAAGAAGAACCGUGGAGUCAAAGGCUGGCCCUGGUGGAAACUGUUCACCACCGUCAGACCACUGAUAGAAGUCCAGCUGACCGAGGAGCAGAUCAGAGGGAAAGAUGAGGAGAUUCAGCAGCUGAAGCAGAAGCUGGAGAAGGUGGAGAAAGAGAGGAACGAACUGAGGCUCAACACAGACCGCCUGGAGAGCCGGAUCACAGAGCUGUCGUCGGAGCUGGCAGACGAACGGAACACCGGGGAGUCGGCCUCACAACUACUGGAGACUGAGACGUCUGAGAGACUGAGACUGGAGAAGGACAUGAAGGAACUGCAGGCCAAGUUUGACAGCAUGAAGAAACAGAUGGAGUCCAUGGAGAUGGAGGUGAUGGAGGCUCGACUCAUCAGGGCGUCAGAGCUGAACGGAGAGAUGGAUGAUGACGACACAGCUGGUGGAGAGUGGAGGCUGAAGUACGAACGGGCCAUCAGAGAGAUCGAGUUUACCAAGAAGAGGCUGCAGCAGGAACUGGACGACAAACUGGAGGUGGAGCAGCAGAACAAACGACAACUGGAGAGGAGGAUCAGCGACCUGCAGGCGGAUAACGAGGAGUCCCAGAGGAACGUCCAACAGCUGAAGAAGAAAACCCAGAGGCUGACGGCAGAGCUGCAGGACACCAAACUGCACCUGGAAGGACAACAGAGCAGAAACCACGACCUGGAGAAGAAGCAGAGGAAGUUCGACAGUGAGCUCAGUGCCGUCCAGGAGGAGGUUCAGAGGGAGAGGAUUCUGAGGGAGAAACUGUCCAGAGACAAAGACAUGCUGAGUGGAGAGACGUUCAGCCUCCGACAGCAGCUGGAGGACAAAGACCUGGAGGUGUGUGCCCUGAACCUGAAGCUGGACCAGCUGGACGCAGAACUGCAGGACCUCAACUCCCAAGAGUCCAAGGACGAGGCGUCGCUGGCCAAGGUGAGGAAGCAGCUUCGUGACAUGGAGGCCAAGGUGAAGGACCAGGAGGAGGAGCUGGACGAGCAGGCCGGAACCAUCCAGAUGCUGGAGCAGGCCAAACUACGUCUGGAGAUGGAGAUGGAACGACUGCGACAAACACACAGCAAAGAGAUAGAGAAUAAAGACGAUGAAGUGGAGGAGAUCAGACAGUCCUGCAGCAAGAAGCUGAAACAAAUGGAGGUCCAGCUGGAGGAGGAGUACGACGACAAGCAGAAGGUGAUGAAGGAGAAGCGGGAGCUGGAGUCCAAACUUCUGACAGCGCAGGACAAGGUGCGAAGUGGGGACCUGGAGGCUGAGAAGCGCCUGAGGAAGGACCUGAAGAGAACCAAAGCCCUGUUGGCCGACGCCCAGAUCAUGUUGGACCACAUCAAGAACAACGCCCCCAGUAAGAGGGAGAUCGCCCAGCUCAAGAACCAGUUGGAGGAGUCGGAGUUCACCUGUGCAGCUGCAGUUAAAGCCAGGAAGUCCAUGGAGGUGGAGAUAGAAGACCUGCAUGUGCACAUGGAGGACCUGUCCAAGAGCAAACAGGCCCUGGAGGAACAGCUGAGUCGUCUACAGAGGGAGAAGAACGAACUCCAGUCCAGGAUGGAAGAGGACCAGGAAGACCUGAACGAACUGAUGAAGAAACACAAGGCAGCAGUGGCACAGUCCGCUCAGAACCUGGCCCAGAUCAGUGACCUACAAGCCCAGCUGGAGGAGGCCCUCAAGGAGAAGCAGGAUGUUCAGGAGAAGAUUCAAGCCCUUCAGAGCCAGCUGGACUUCCAGGAACAGUCCAUGGUGGAGAAGUCCCUGGUGGGCCGACAGGAGGCCAAGAUCCGAGAACUGGAGACCAAGCUGGAGUUUGAGAAGACCCAGGUCAAACGGCUGGAGAGCCUCGUAGCUCGUCUGAAGGAGAACGUAGAGAAACUGACGGAGGAACGGGACCAGCGCAGCAGCAGCGAGAACCGAGAGAAGGAACAGAACAAACGUCUGCAGAGACAGAUCCGAGACAUCAAAGAGGAGAUGGCAGAGCUGUCCAAGAAGGAGGGGGAGGCCAGCCGCAAGAAGCACGAACUGGAAAUGGACAUAGAGAGUUUGGAGGCGGCCAAUCAGAGCCUGCAGGCGGACCUCAAACUGGCCUUCAAGAGGAUCGGAGACCUGCAGGCCGCCAUCGAGGACGAGAUGGAGAGUGACGACAACGAAGACCUCAUCAACAGUUUGCAAGACAUGGUGACAAAAUAUCAGAAAAGAAAGAACCGAACUCAGGGGGAUUCAGACACAGACUCUGAGCUGGAGGAUCGUGUGGACGGGGUCAAGUCCUGGUUGUCCAAAAGCAAAGGUUCGGCCAAGAAUCUGUCCGACGACGGCAGCCUGAAGAGCUCCAGAUUUGCUGCUAACGUAGAUGCAAAAGAAGGGAAAGAAUGGAAAGAGGGUAAGGAAUGGAAAGAGGCCAAUAAAGAAGGCAAAGAGGUAGAGUCCAGCAGGGCCCGUGUCGGAGGCGACGCUCCUCUUCAGCGCCUUGAAAGAAACGCAGACUCAGAGGACGGACUAAACUUCCGAAAGGCCAAACCCAAAGCCGCGGAUCUGCAGGACGACGCCUACUCCGUUAGCUCCAGAGGAAGUCCCAGGUCGGGGACGAUACGACGACAGGGACUCGGUCAUCUCCCACGCCUACUCGGAGGCCAACAGCCGAGCCCGAAAAAGGCGUACGCGCCGCCAGCCUUAGUCCUGGCAGCGUCAGCCGAGCCGACUCCCGCAUGUCGCUGGCUCGUAGCUGCCGCCGUCAGCGAGUUCGACGUAGAUCUUGAUGAUAGUCGAAGUGUGGCGUUCACCGAAAGGUCCGCCUACAAGUCCUCACGUCCUCCACUGGGCGCAGUGUCUCCAUGCCGCCGCCGCAAGCCAGAUCACUUGGAGAAAGCCAUCAAUGAGACCGUCGUCUCGCAGCGCCACGCAGCUGCAGCAGCCGCCGUCGCAGCAAGAGUAAAAACAAAGGCAAGAAAAAGAAGAGAAGCCACAGCUCCAGUUCGGACAGCUCAGACGACGGCCGACGGAGCAGCCUCCAAGAAGAGGUCCAAGAAGUCCAAGAAGAAGUCCAAGAAGAGGGACACGUCCUCGUCUUCUUCCUCUUCUGAUUCCGAGUCGGACUCCGAGUCGGAGUCCAGUUCCGGCGCCUCCACCAUUUCCUAUCGCAGUUCCAGCAGCGUGAAGAAGGCCCCGAAUCGGAAGAGCCCGGACGAAGACGAGGAGGCGAGGCCUCAGAGCGAAGCCCCGCCCCUCGACAAAAAGGAGGAGAAGAAGAGGAAGAAGAAGGUGGACAGUCUGGUGAUGAAGUACCUGUACCGGCCGGACAGCGACUGAGGACGCAGUAGGUG